AUAAUCUGUCCAUUCUUUACGUUAACACUGAGUUCUUUGAUAACUGAAUAAGGGUGAACCUGUCUUUCUGUGAAUAUUUCGAACUAUUUUGGAAUAUGCAUGUAUAAAACUCUCAGAAAGGAACUUCCCGAUUUACUUUUAAAGUGCGUCAUGCUGGAGACUUAUAAUGUUAUGUUCUUCCAUAUAUCAUCUUUUUGAAAAUGGAGGAAUCAACGACAGCUGUUGGAAUCAAAGAAGAUAAUGUUCUGUGUCCAAGUAUAAGGAGGGAUAUUUCGAUAUUGAGGGCAGGCAUAAAAACAUUAAGAGGUCCAGAUGCCUGCCGGGCAUGCAUCGUAGCUUUUGCCAUUUUCGCCAUCAAUUGCAUCAUCAUUGGAUUUGGAAAAAUAUCAGGAAUACUGCUCGUUGACUUUAUGAAAGUGUUCAAAAUCAACAGAAAAGCAGCUUCAACUCCGUUUAGCAUUCAGCUAUCCAUAAGAAACUUUACAGGACCUGUUGUUGGAAUCGUUGGACAAAAAUGUGGAAUGCGAUUAGUAACAAUCACAGGAGGUCUCAUAGCAGCAAUUAGUGCUGUAUCAUGCAGUUUUGCAACCAAUAUCGACUGGAUGAUUCUUCUGUGGGGAGCACUGUAUGGUGUGGCUACGGCUUUCACUAGCAACAUCAGUCUAGUUGUCCCAGAGCAAUAUGGUGCGAAACGUCAGAUCUCAACAACUGGUUUGGAAUUUUCAGGGGGUAAUAUUGGAGGCAUUUUCUUCCCGUUUAUCUUGGAAAAAAUUAUUCCGAACAAUGGGAUUCCAGUUACUUUCCUAGUCAUGGCAGUUGUUAUUCUACUAGUGAUUCCAGCUACAAUCGUUCUUCAAGAUCCACUCUGGCUGCAGAGGGAAGUAAAGUCUCUGCGUUCCAGCAGAUCUAACCAAGAGACACUCAACAGCGGUCCUGAUGCUCUUAAUUUUCAGUCAAAUGACGAUUCUAGUCUUGUUCUUCAUAGCGGUGAGCAUAGGGCAACAAAUGAAGUCGAUGCUUAUAAUAACCUGGAGAAAAAUGACUUAACGAGUAUGGGCUGUUCUCACGUAAAGGAUCAAAUGAAUGCAGAAAUUCAAGGUACAAAUGGCGUUGUUAGAGCUAGUGGUUCUCAGGCGAUUGAUAAUAUGAAUGGAGAAGCAGUACAUUCCCGAAACAUUAAUUUUAAUUUCUUACGGCAAAAUGGAGAUACCGUUUAUCGCUUAUUGUGCUUAAAUAAUCUUCAAAGUGAAAGUCAGAAUUCAGUGCCAAUGGAAAAGUUAGAGUCGUUUAAGGAAGAUUUUGUUAAGAGAGAAUUAGAAGAACUCUAUAGCUCUCUCGAAGAAUCAUUAAAUAAUUGUACACCAUUCGUAUCUGAAGUUAAGAAAGAAUUAUUAGAUUACCAAACAAAAGUAAAACAAAAUCGUGAGUAUUUUUAUAGGGAAAAAGAAAUAAUAAAUCCUGCUCGGAAGGAUGAAUAUUUAAAUUAUUUAUUGAGCUUAAGAUCUUCUCCGAAUGAUAUUGUAUUUAACUUGAAAGUUUCAGAGUAUUAUUACGAAAUUCCAAAAAAACUUUAUAUUCUUAUUGAACUGAAUGAUUUAUUUGAAAAAGAUGAAGAAGAAAUACUUUUCCACUUUGAGCUUACAUCUCGCAAACAUGUUCAUGAAGUUUUACAAGAACUUCGGAAACUAAAUGAAUUAUUCUUACCAGAAGUUGAGACCUCAUUUAUCGAGAGCUGCGGAUCGUAUGUUUCAAUCUCAGCUUGGAUGCACAGUCAGGAACAAAGCAAUAGAAUUUCCUUACAAAAAAGUAAUGAACAACUUGAUAAAUUGUGGUGCCACAUCAAAACAGCAAUCAGUCUUCACACCAAUCCUCUGUUUCUAUUAAUUAGCCUUUGCCGAGGAGUACAUGUACUAAGCUUUAUGUCGAUUGCCAUAGCUGUUGUAGAUUUUGGAAUGGAUAAGGGUUUGACAGAGAUGGAUGGCAAGUACCUUUUAGCAGCAGUCUCUGGGGGAGAUCUCUUUGGGUGUUUGUGCCUGGGAUGGAUCACAGAUCGUGGAUUCAUCGGCUUAAAGAACUACAUGUUAGCAACGCUGAUCCUUCAGGGAGCAAACUCAUAUGUUAUGCCAUUUAUUAAACGUAAAGGUAUGAUUUUAGGUGGUGUGUUUUUAUACUCUGCUCUUCAAGGAUCUGCAUUCGUUCGUCAUCCUAUUCUAAUCCAUAAAUACGUGAAAAGUCAUGAGACGUCGACUGGCGUUACAUGUAUAAAUAUCUUUUCCGGCUUGAUAGGAUUUAUAGUACCAAGUUACAUUGGUUGUUUUCGUGAUAUCCUUGGAUCUUAUGAUGGUCUCUUCUACAGCAAUUCUCUUAUUUGCACUUCAGUGGGACUUCUGUGGGUUUUUGAGCCUUUAGUUCGUCGCUGCUCUUCUGCUUUACGACAUAUGGAUUAUGAAAAUUUGGCUUCAAACUGAAUAAUUACUUCUAUUUUAUGUGCUCUAAAGUUCACCCUUCUGCUAGUUCUUCUGGCAAGGUUAUAGUUUUUUGUUAAUAAAAGAAGACAGAUGGAGAGGACAAGAGAAUUAGAAGUUUUUAGUUUCAUAAUAGAAUAAUUAGUAAUAGAUUAUACUGGGUGGUAGUUAAAUUCAAAGCAGUUAAAAGUUUUUAUACGUAAUAUUCGUAGUUUGAUUAAUAAAGCACCUGACCACUCAUGCAUAUACUUAGUAAUUGAUCACAUGUAACAUUUUGAUGACUCAAUGCUUUACUAUAAGAGGGUGGAAUCAUAAGAAAGAAAUAAUAGUCAACUGCAAUUCUCUGCGUAUGUAUGUUACUAACAAAUAAAAUUCAGCUCAUAUUAAUUAAUAGACAUCGAAGAAGGUCACCAAACUGACAUAAUACGAAAAAUUUUAAUUUCCUUGUUUUUCCAUAGGAUUUACACAGGGUUUUACUCAUCAAAAAUUGACAGACAUUCUAAACAGGUUCUGCAGAUUUUCAACACUUUUCAAGGUUACUACAAAUGACUAUCUAGUGCAACCUAUUGAGAAGGGGAAAAAAAUUAAAAUAAGGCAUUUAAACACUUUUAGAGGCAAAGGGUGAAAAUGUGAGAUAAAGCUUUUAAACAUAUUGAAUUGUAAAUUGCUUAUAAUGACGAUAUUUUUGAUGAACAUUGCGCAACUAGUAUCUUUUAAAUAUAAGAAGUAAUAUCACGUCAACUGCGUCUCUUCCGGCAAAACAAGUUACACCCUAAUCAAUCAUAUUGUUUCAUAGCAUGUUCGUCCUCCUUGUAAUAGUUGUGAAGAAGACCGUGAAGAGAAUAUAAUUGAGUGCCUAAAAUGCAUAGGACCGGUAUACGAUUUAUGUGCUGAAGGUGACAAGAAAUGACAUAUGUGCGACUAAUGUUGUUAAUAUUGUUGACAAGAAAAUGAAAAAAUAUCUUUAUGCUCAUUGUUGUAAUUAAUUGUAUUAAAAGACUAAUGGAAAAAAAA